GGCACCAGCCGUAGACAAGUGCAUGAGUGACGUGACGCGGUGGCAGUGAUAAUAAUCUGUUUUUUUUACAUUAACUGGCUGGAUUAGUCGACCUGUACACUGUAACAUCUACCUUUCUGAUCAACCGGACAAUGAGAUAAUUGUAUCCAUCAUUUUUCUUUCAGUGGACACACAGGUACAGAUGGAGAAGGCACACGGAGAGUUUCAGGAGGAGAGGACCAAAGAGCCGGUGGAGGAGAUCACAGAGGAACAAUUCCUCAAAGAUCUCUACCUUUUUAUGAAGAAGAGAGAUACACCGAUAGAGAGGAUCCCCCAUCUGGGCUUCAAACAAAUUGAUUUGUUUGUGAUGUUCAAGACUGUCGGUGACCUGGGUGGCUACCAUCAGGUGACCUCUCAGCAGUUGUGGAAACAAGUUUACAACACGCUUGGAGGAAACCCUCGUAGCACAAGUGCAGCCACCUGCACCCGCAGACACUAUGAGAAGCUGCUUCUCCCCUAUGAAUGCCACGUGAAAGGCAUCUUAAUGAGCGCCUUGCCGCCUCAUCAGCCAAAGUCCUACCACCACUACACCAGCUACAGCAAGGACGGCGAUGGCUGUCCAACUCCCGCCAAACGCAAACUGUUCCACUUGUUUCUUCCACAGGGCCCUCACAACCUCCAGUCGGACCCACGUGGGAGUCUCUUCCCUCUGCCGUUCCAGUACACUCACUACUAUCACCCAGGCCACACAGUUCUGCCCCCAUAUCUCCCAGUGACCUCCCCAGUGCUGCCUCCACAAAGCCCCGCUGUCCUCAAACCUCAGGUCUCUCUCCAUCCACCCCACCUCAACCCAACAGACAGAGUGAAGGAGCCGCUGGAGCAUUUGCGCUACCUGGCAGAGCAGUACAAAACCUCGUCUGGACUGGCUGAGCCGCUGAACCUCAGCGUUAAAGCCCCAAGUCGGGACAUUAACACCAACCAUGCCUCCUCAUUUGCUCCACCUUCAUCCAGCAAGAACCCAAAGUUUUUGAACAAACCCUCCCCACUCUACAGUGUUAAUCAUGCAGGAGUGCUGAGAAACGAAGAAUGUGAGGCACAAGAUGGCGAGUCCAGUGAAGGACUCCUCACUGUGAAAGCAAGGGAGGAGACACAUGUCAAAGACGUGACAGCGUCAAGCAGCCCCAUGUAUGCCUCUGCUCUGACACUGGGAACAGACGACGACGUCAUUGAAACGGCACAAAAACCUAGCUCUCCAAAAAUAGACUUCACAAUCAGACAAAAAGACGAGACGGAAGCAAGUCCAGACGUCACGGCGCUCAAUCUCAGUCCUUUCCUGCCCAGCCUCCCUCAAGACAAAGACGGCAAAAUGGAGAUCGAGAUACCCCUGUCUGUGUUUCAUAAGUGGCUCAAGUUGUGCGGGACCUCGGCCUCGAUGCCAGGAGCUAAAGAGCCUCCUCUUCAUAUUCAGGAGGAACAACCUGGACAAAGGAAUGGUUCUGACACAGACGUCAUCCCCACCAGUUUGAUGCUUCACCACACAGCUGAGGAUCUAAGGCUGAGGAAUGUGCCGAGCCCUACACCAUCCACCCAUCCAACCAGUAAUCAACACUUUACAAGCCACAUUGGUUUCCCGUGCUACAAGCCUUUGUCCUCAGGUGACAUUCUGAAAAGCGCAUCAGACCGGGAUGUUUUUCCCUUUGAUCGGCAGAAUAUUAACAAGUCAUACAAUGCAAAGUUCCCCAAUUCCUGGUAUGCCAAUGACAAAGACACUCAGGCUCCCAAAAUGGACCCUAAUUAUGUGAGAGUUCAGCAAGAGCUUGCGUCCAGGAAGCAGAAGUCAGACAUGGGACCCUCAGCUCUGCUCAUGAUGAAUUCCAGCUCUGCUUCUCUGGUGCAACUCACCACUGAAGAGAUCAUAAAGCUGAAGAAAAUCAUCUCAAGCUCAUCGUGAAGACCAUGACUAUAUCAACACACCAACACCACACUCAAGCUGUCUCAUAUUAAGCUCUUUUAUAUACCCUGUGUCUUACUGAAGUUCCAUGUAUCACAUAUGAUUAAGUUUAGUCAUCAUACAAUAUGCAAGUGUCAGUAUAUCAGAAGAAAAAUGUCAUUUACUGAAUAAACCAUUCUCAUCCUGAAAUAAAACUUGGAGAAUGUACAUUGUUGAUCUUUUUAACCAUCUUGUACAGAAAUAUUGCUUGUACAUUUA